CUCACCAUCGUUUUUGGCCAGUUCGCCAACUGCGAUUUUAUUUUAUGUCAGCUGCAUGAGCGAACCAUUUGGUCGAUAUUUGUAUUUACCGAUUUUGCAGACUUCCGUCUUGGUUUGCUCGUUUUUGUGUAGGAUCUCCACAGCGGAUGGUAUUUUUGAAUUGAAUUGAAGGUGUGGACGUGUGGCCAUCGGGGUGGUUGUCAAGGCAUCAUCCUGGCUGCAUUGUGAGGCACACACGAGGUGGAGGGAAUCGGUACCCUGGUGGUGGCGGCAGUCCGACCAGGGGAAUCGAUGGCCAGCACUGGCCUGUGCUGUGGAUCGUUUAAGCGCGUCAAGAGUAAGAUGGAGCAGGAACUGCAGGACUGCCAGAGUAACAAGCGCAGUGAGAUCAGCAUGACGCUGAAGGAUGGAUUCAUGUGUCCCGAUCACAGCACCAUGAGUCUGGCCAUGAUCCCGCCGAAGAGUGAGCGGACGAUUGUCUGUGAGGAAAUGUGCUAUUUCUGCUUCGAUGUGCUGUUUGCACACCUCCAUCGACAUGAUUCACCGGAGACACCCAACACCUUCACCAAUGAUCCUUACCCAUUGUUCGUGACAUGGAAAGCCGGACGAGAUCAGCGUCUCCGAGGAUGCAUUGGCACAUUCACCGCUCUACAUUUACAUCACGGUCUCCGCGAAUAUGCCAUUACCAGUGCCGUCCAGGAUUCACGAUUCAGCCCGAUUACUAAAGAGGAAUUCCCCAAAUUAUCAGUUUCCGUUUCCAUCUUGACUCACUUUGAGCCGGCCAACGAUUACAUGGAUUGGGAGGUUGGUGUACAUGGAAUCCGGAUCGAAUUUUACGGCGAAAAGGGAGGCAAGAAAACUGCAACAUACCUGCCGGAAGUUGCUCAAGAACAAGGCUGGGACCACGUUCAGACGGUUGAUUCUUUGAUGCGUAAAGCUGGACACAAAGGAUUAAUUACGUUGGAUAUCCGUAAAGCCAUUCGACUGGUGCGCUAUCGUAGUGAAAAGCUGACGAUCGCCUUUUCGGAGUAUGCGCAGAUUCGCCGUUUGAAAUUGUGAUAAACGACAAAAAUUUUGGAUAUGAAACAGCGAUUGGACACCAGUGGAUUGACCAUAGAGAUGAUAAGUGAAUAGCACUGGAAAACGAAAUAACCCUUAUUGAUUUGGUUUUUCUCGAGGGGAUAGAUACGAUUGAAUCGAUAUGCGUUAUGUGCGGGGACUAUCACUAUUGGAUCUUUCUCUCGUGUUUUUUGCCCUCUAUGGCUUAUACUUAUCCACUGUGUUUUGUUCAUCUGUUGGAUUUUUAACCCUCUUUGAUUACUAACUGUGUUUUGUGAUAACUCUCUGAUCAAGGAUAGAUAAUAGCGUAAUACGGGCCGAUCCAUGGCUGAUGACGGGUGUAUUCGACUUUUUUCGUGUUUUUCUUUUGUCCGGUAACCUGCCGUGUACCGUAACUGGGAUUGCUAACGAUUGCCGUACUCCUGUUUUAGUUCACUGGAUUGACCUUGUGCAUCAGUUCCUGUAAAUAUGUUUUCUGCAUGGAAAAACGGUCGGAUAUCAAGGUCAAUAAAAAUAAAAAAACUCUG